GCAAAGCCCAGCAUGGAGCUGAGGGUCACUGAGCCUUCAGGACCCCAGUUUGGCUUCACAUAAAUUAUUUUAAAGGUGAUUUUAGAAAACUCAAAAAAUAUGAACUACAAAAUGACGUUAGCAGGAGCAAAGUGAUGAAAUAAGACACCUGAGAGAGCGAGCAGGUGGCUGCAGGUAUGACAGGUGAAGCAGCUCUAAUCCUGCUAAGAGGAUCAGUCUGCACACACACAGAGUGUAAGCUGGCUUUGCGUGCUGAGGAUCAGCGUCGUGGGUCUGAUGAGUGGAACUGAGGCAUAAUGGGAGCAGGCGCCGACUCGAUGGGGACGAACCCCCCAAAACACCCUGACCUCUGAACCCGAGACACACAGCGAGCACGGUGUCAUGGAUGCCGUAGAUCCAUCUCCUCUGCGACGUUUCGUCAUUGCGAAACAUUCGAUCACCUCCAUCUUUGACCAGCUGCUGGACUUUGUGAAGGAUGGCUGCGCCUUUGUGGAUGAGGCGUGGCGCAGCGAGGACCUGGGUCAGGUGGCCAUGGAGGAGCAGAGUUUGGAGAUGCAGAGCUGUGCCAUCAAGCUGACGACCAUCAGAGACGUCCUGCUCAGGAGACACAUGAAGGUGGCGUUUUUUGGCAGGACGAGUAACGGGAAGAGCACAGUGAUCAACGCCAUGCUGAGAGACCGAGUGCUGCCCAGCGGCAUCGGUCACACCACCAACUGUUUCCUGAGCGUCGAAGGGACCGACGAAGACGAGGCUUACCUCAUUACCGAGGCGUCCACCGAGAGGAGGAGCGUGACUACUGUGAACCAGCUGGCUCAUGCUCUCCACAUGGAUCCCACUCUGGACUCGGGUACACUGGUCAAAGUCUUCUGGCCUAAAAGUCGCUGCGCUCUGCUGAGAGACGACUUGGUGCUCAUGGACAGCCCUGGGACCGAUGUCACCCUGGAGUUGGACAGCUGGAUCGAUAAGUUCUGUGUGGACGCAGACGUCUUUGUUCUGGUGGGAAAUGCAGAGUCCACUCUGAUGAACACGGAAAAACUUUUCUUUCACAAAAAACACACCGCUCCCCCUGCUGUCCAGGUGAGGAACCAGCACCUGGACCGCUGCGUGGGGUUCCUCGCUGACGAGCUGAAGGUGGUCGGCCUGGAUGACGCCGCGGGGCGGAUCUUCUUCGUCUCAGCUAAAGAGGUUCUGAGCGCCAGGAUGCAGCGAGCACAGGGCAUGCCUGAGACAGGGGGCGCUCUGGCUGAGGGUUUCCACGAGAGGCUGAGAGAGUUCCAGAGGUUUGAGAGGACGUUUGAGGAGUUCAUCUCUCAGUCUGCAGUGAAGACCAAGUUUGAGCAGCACACGGUGAGAGCGUGGCAGAUCACAGAGGCCAUCAAAGGUGUGAUGGACGCCAUCAACAUCGCCUCUGCCGACAGGAAGAUCUGCUGCCUGGAGGAGCGAGAGGACGUGAGAGACCGGCUGGACUUUGUUCGAGGGCAGAUUAACCGUCUGAGCGCCAGCGUCAAAGAGAGGAUCAGGACUCUGAGCGAUGAUGUCACAGCCAAGGUGUCCUCGGCGCUGACGGAUCAGAUCCGCUCACUUCCUGUUCUGGUGGACGAGUUCAGAGCCGACUUCAGCCCCACGCAGGAAACUCUGCUGCUCUACAAAACUAAGCUGCUGCAGCACGUGGAGGAGCGGCUCAUUGGUGGUUUGGACCACCGCUGCUCUGUCGGCGUCCUCAGAGACAUCAGAGACGCCCAAAGUCACAUGAUCGACGCUGUCCGUCCUCUGCUGUCUCCGGCUCUGCAGGAGCAGCUCUCCACUCCCUCCGCCUCGUUCGAGCUAACCUACGACCUCGGCCUCGCCGCCCUCUGUGCAGACUUUCAGGAGAACAUCGACUUCCAGUUUUCUCUGGGCUGGACCGCCCUCGUCACCCGCUUCAUCGGUGCCGCAAACGCCAAACGAGCGCUGAGUGGCGCCGACCGCGCGCAAAAGGAACGCUCCACCUUUAGGGAUGAAAUGGUGGUUUCCAUAGCAACGGGUCUGGUCUCUGUCACAUCCAGGGCGUCCAUGACGGUGCUGGUGAUCGGCGGAGUGGUGUGGCGUUCAGUGGGCUGGCGUCUCAUCGCCCUCUCUGUCUCUCUGUAUGGUCUCCUCUACCUGUACGAGAAACUCACCUGGACUGAUGCCAGCAGGGAGCGCGCUCUGAAGCAGCAGUUUGUCGAGCACGCCGCUCAGCGCCUGAGAGCCAUCGUCCCCGUCGCCAGCAGCGCCUGCAGCCAUCAGGUGUGCAAGGAGCUGUCGUCCACCUUCAGUCGCCUGACUCAGAGGGUGGAGCUGAGUGACGCUGAGCUGGAGGGAAACAUCCGUCAGCUGAGCUUCAGGAUCCAGAGACUGGAGAACAUCCAGAGGCGUUCCAAGGCCUUCAGGAACAGAGCCACCGAGCUGGAGACUCAGCUGGAGGUCUUUUCGGUUCAGUACCUGCAGGAAAACUAAAGAAGAAGAACUGCUGCUGUGGUGAAGCUCCUGGCCAAUCAGAAGCUGGUGGAGAGUCCUGAGGUAUUGCUCGUCGCCCAGCGUUAACACCGACAGUCGCAUAAAUCCCAGACAGCUCCCUGCUCAGGUGACCUUCGUCACCAACCAACACAAACCAAUAGAGGACAGCUUACCACUGAGGGCUGAACAGGAAGCAGCAGGAGACCCUGAGUCGACGCUUUUGCUUUAGAAUCAAGGGUCAAAGUUCGUCUGUAGGCUCGUACAGUCUGGCCUUCAUGAGCAGCUGAUGAGCUCCUGAAUCUUUGGCUCCACCUUCAGGCCGUUUGGGUCUCCUGAGGUGGUGAGUGGAUGCUCCGCCUUCGCCGCGACCACAAACAGCUGAACCUCAGCAGCUUAUCUCACACCAGCUUCUAAUAUCUCAUCAUGUGACUGUGAUUAGACGUAUUGAUCAGUGAUAGAAUCCAUAAAUCUGUGCAUUAUUGCUCCGACGUGUGAUGUGUUACAGAGCUCCACCUGGCAGGAAGUCAACCUUCUAGUGAAAAAUCAAGAAAAUAAAAGCAUUGAAUGUU